CAGCCCCGCUCGGGCUGCCGGGGGGAGACUCGGGGGAACUGAUCACAGCCGCACAUGAGCUUGGAGUUGCCCAUCCUCCUGGCUACCCUUUGUUCACGCUGGUGGCUAGCCUGGCCAUCACACUCUUCCCAUUUGGUUCUGUUGCCUACCGCGUCAAUCUUCUCUGCGGCUUAUUUGGAGCGGUGGCUGCUUCGCUCCUUUUUUUCACCGUUUUCAGGCUUUCUGGCUCACAUGCUGGAGGAAUCCUUGCUGCGGGGGUGUUUUCAUUUUCUCGCCUAACAUGGCAGUGGUCCAUUGCAGCUGAGGUUUUCAGCUUAAACAAUCUGUUUGUGGGGCUGCUCAUGGCGCUUACCGUGCGUUUUGAGGAGGCAGCCGCCGCAAAGGAGAGAUCAAAGAUAGCCGUUAUUGGGGCUUUCUCCUGUGGCCUUAGCUUGUGUAACCAGCACACAAUAGUACUCUAUGUUUUAUGCAUAAUACCCUGGAUUCUCUUCCGACUUCUGAAAGAGAAGGAGCUGGCCGUUCGCUCUCUGCUGAGGCUGGCUCUGGCCUUCUCUGCUGGCCUGCUGCCCUAUGUCUACCUGCCGGUGUCAUCCUACCUCAGUCGCGCCCGCUGGACCUGGGGGGACCAGACGACACUGCGAGGCUUCCUGACACAUUUCCUCCGGGAGGAGUAUGGAACAUUCAGUCUGGCCAAAUCUGAAAUAGGAUCCAGUGUGUCUACAAUACUACUUUCACAAAUAAUAAAUAUGAAGACCGAACUUUCAUUCAACAUCCAAGCUCUUGCAGUUUGGGCAAAUAUAUGUUUAACUAGAAAGAGCAGACGGCAGUCUUCAUUAGUGUGGCUUUUCACCGGGAUGCUUUGCAUUUAUUCAUUAUUCUUUGCUUGGAGAGCAAACUUAGAUAUUUCAAAACCACUUUUCAUGGGUGUGGUGGAGCGAUUCUGGAUGCAGAGCAAUGCGGUGGUGGCAGUUCUCGCGGGCCUCGGAUUGGCCACCCUUGUGUCCGAGACUCACCGAGUGCUGAACUGCCAUGGGACUCGGUAUCUGGAGUGGCUGUCUGCAGCUCUCUUUGUAGCUUACCAAAUAUACUCAAAUUACAGCAUUUGUGACCAAAGAACCAAUAAUGUGAUCGAUCAGUUUGCACGAAAUCUCCUGGACUCCAUGCCGCGUGAUGCAAUCGUCUUACUCAGGGGAGACUUGCCAGGGAAUUCUCUCCGUUACUUGCAUUACUGUGAGGGGUUGAGGCCGGAUGUUUCCCUAGUGGAUCAAGAAAUGAUGACUUAUGACUGGUAUUUACCCAAGAUGGCAAGGCAUCUCCCAGGUGUGCGCUUUCCUGGGGACCGGUGGAGCCCCGUGGGAGGAGUAUUACCCAGUGGAGUGGUCACGUUCAGUCUUUAUCACUUUCUUGAGAUGAAUAAACAAAAAGAAACAUUUGUUUGCAUAGGAAUUCAUGAAGGUGACCCAACCUGGAAAAGGGCUUAUUCACUCUGGCCUUGGGGUUCUUGUGACAAGUUAGUUCCUUCAAGGAUUGCGUUCAACCCAGAGGAGUGGAUUAAACGCACAAGAAGUAUCUAUAACUGGACAGAGGAAUAUGGAAGAUUUGAUCCAUCUUCAUGGGAAUCCGUGGCCAAUGAGGAGAUGUGGCAAGCAAGGAUGAAGACACCGUUCUUCAUCUUUAACCUGGCAGAGACCGCCACGGUGCCUCCAGACGUGAAAGCGCAACUCUACACUCAUGCAUAUAAACUGUAUAAGGAGAUCGUGUACUCGCAAGAGGAGCACCCGGUGAAUUGGCACAAGAACUAUGCCAUCGCCUGUGAGCGGAUGCUGCGCCUUCCAGGGACAGCCACAGACCCUGAAGUCCUGCUGUCUGAAACCAUCAGACAUUUCCGUCUCUACGCUCAGAAAGCAGAGACUGACCCCCAGCGAGCAGACAUCAUCGCUGCUCUCAAGCACCUAAGACAAGAACUGCGAAAUCUAAGAAAUAAAAAGACGGUCUGAGCCAGCGACGGUGGCUGCCCUGCUCCCUAGAAAGAUGGUCAGAGCCGGCAGUGGUGGCUGCCCUGCUCAUGCUCUGCUUCCAGAGGUGCCAAAGACCAAACGCUUUUCUUUCCAGUAAAGAAAGUGUAUCAGAAGAGUAGAAAUCUCAGUUAUCUUCUGGAACAGCAGAAAUAUGUUCAUGGCUACAAUGUAUGCCCUAUGCAAAAGUGUGUUUAUCUCAUGUUGCCAAAUUAGCAUUUCCUUGAGAAGCGUUCAGAAACAUCAGCACUAAUGAAUAGAACAUCUAAGGACUGUAGUAGGUUCUAGACAAGAAGGAACUGUCUCCACAGACCUAAGACAUUUGACCCUGACUCUUUUGAGUUCCGUGAUUAUUGGGAUUCAUUCAAAAAGAUAGUCUUAAAAUACGCAUUCCAGACCACAGGCAUUUUCUGGUUGCUGAAAGUGAGAUGGUCUCUGAGACCAAUUCUGGUUACACCUCGUUGCAAUUCCUUUUUCUUCAGUUAACUGUGACUGUUAGUCUGAAACUUUGUACUUUAAACCAAGUAUGUGAUUUUUUUAAACUUUGAAUUUUGUCUUCUUCAUUCUGCCCUCACUGAAAAGGAAAGAAGAUUUCAUGUUUGCUUCUGUCGACUGUAGAAACAGGCAAAUUAAAAGGCACUUAACAUGCCCUUAAUUAAUUUCA